GAAAAGAGACGUCUAAAGAGACGGAUGAAGCAGAAAUUGAAUGGAUCAAAGUGAAAGACUGAACUAGACGGAGAGGGAGAGUAGGCAGCCAAAGAAAAGGAGGAGUGAUUAAUGUGUGAGCCUGCGCUCUGAUUGGUCCACAGACUGCGUGUGUGCGUUUUUGCUUGAGUCUGUUGGAGUGUGUACCUUUAGGCCAGUGGGCGGGGGAUUAAGCCUUUGUCACGUGUUCCCUUUAGCUUCUUUUCCACACAAACACACACCCUCUUUUGGAGAGGGAGCACACACACUGUUGAUACUCCCCCCUGAUGAAUACCGGAGCCGGCUGGAAUCUGUGAGAAUCCGAUGCCUGGUGGCGGUUUGGCCCGACAGCAUCUGCAUGGGAAAUCUGCAGGGAUAAGUGGAAGGACCUGUUCUGUGAUCGCUGCCUGGCGCUCUGUCUGCCGCUUCCUCGUCUCCGUUGGAAUUUGAAGGUAGACGGUGACCUGUAGCGGAAAGCAGAGACAUGACUUCAACCUCUGACAACUGCUGCUACAGCCGGUUGUGUCCCAUUCAUUGAGCGCAGAGGACACAGGAGGUGAGAGCCGGAGGGGCAGCCCAAGAGCAAGCCGGUGAAGUGAAGCCGGCAUGAGUGCAGACAGCCAUCAGGGGGUGGUGACCACCCCCCCACCGCCCGGUGGAGGGACCAAGGUGGGCUACUUCGACCGGGUUGACGUCAACGAUCCGGAGUACAUCAGAUCCAGGAACAUGUCUCCUGAUCUCCGGCAGGAUUUUAAUGUUCUGGAGCAGAAGAAACGCGUCACGCAAAUUCUACAAAGUCCCGCUUUCAAGGAGGAGUUGGAGAGUCUGAUCCAGGAGCAGCAGUGCAAAGGCAACAACCCAACCGGACUGCUGGCCCUCAGACAGAUCGCAGACUUCUUUAUGGCCAGCACAGUGGCUGGCUUCAACACUUCCCCUCUCAGUUUGGGCAUGGUCACUCCCAUCAAUGACCUGUACGGAGUGGAGUCCUCCACCAUGGUGAAAGGCGAGAAGCUGACGCGCUGUAAACUGGCCAGCCUCUACAGGCUGGUGGAUCUGUUCAGCUGGGCACACUUUCCCAACUCCUACAUCACAGGCCGUGUGAGUAAAGAGCUGGACCACAUCCUCAUCCUCCCCAGAGGACUGUCGUUUGCUGAGGCUGCAGCAUCCAACCUGGUGAAGGUGAACAUCAUUGGUGAUGUGAUUGAUCAGGGCUCCACCAGCCUGAGCAUCAACCCUGCAGGGUUUAGCCCCCAUGCUGCCAUCUACUCCAUGCGUCCGGACAUCCGCUGCAUCGUACACGUGCACACUCCUGCAGCGGCCGCGGUGUCUUCCAUGAAGUGUGGCAUCCUGCCCAUCUCCCAGGAGGCAUUGAUCUUAGGUGACAUUGCUUACUACAACUACCAAGGCACCCUGGACGACCAGGAGGAGCGCAGGGAGCUGCAGAAGGCCCUGGGGCCCACAGCCAAGGUUCUGGUGUUGAGAAACCACGGUGUGGUGGCUCUUGGGGAGACCAUAGAAGAGGCCUUUCAUUACAUCUACAACGCCCAGUACGCCUGUGAAAUCCAGGUGAGUGCCAUCUCAUGUGCUGGAGGGGUGGAGAACCUCAUAGUGCUGGACCAGGAGAAGUACAAGUCCCGGGUGUUUGCUGUGGCCUCAGCGGCUGCGGUCAACAUGGCCGGUCAGUACAAGUGGAAGAUUGGCGAGCUGGAGUUCGAGUCUCUGAUGAGAAUGCUGGAUAAUCUGGGUUACAGGACCGGCUACACCUACAGACACCCCAUCAUCCGGGAGAAGCCCAGACACAAGAGCGAGGUGGAGAUCCCGGCCACCGUCACGGCGUUUACAUUCGAAGAGGAUGGCGAUGCCACUCGGCUGCCCUUCAAGUUCUUGCAGCAGCGGCAGCAGAGAGAGAAGACACGCUGGCUCAACUCGCCUAACAGCUACGCCAAGGUCAGCGUGGAGGGCGGAGAUGAGCGCUACAACAGCAGAACUACCACGUGGAUGAAGGUCGAUGAAAGUGGAACUCCAAUCCGGAUUGAAGACCCCAACCAGUUUGUACCUCUCAACACAAACCCUCAUGAGGUCCUGGAGAAGAGGAACAAAAUCAGGGAGCAGAACCGGUUUGAUGUGAUGACGUCGGGGCCGCGCUCCCAGCACCUCGCAGGCAUCCCAGUAGAUGAACCGCGGCGGGAUCACGGGCUUGUAGAAGUUCUGCCAUACGUGCCCACAGAGGAGGAGCAGAUGGCUCCUCUUCCUCCCAACCCCUUCAGUGAGCUGUCAGAGAAGGACCUGGAGGAGUACCGCAAAAAUGUGGAAAGAAGGCAACUGGGCCUCCCUGCACGAGCUAACCUCUGACGAUGGCUCCAGUCUGUCUCGGUCUCUGUCUGUCAGCCAGUCUCCACAGAGCACUCCAGCUAAAGAAGAGAUCCACUCGGGUCUGAUGAACGGCAAAGACAACCACGAGGAGGAGCUGUCAAAGCGCGUCAGUGAGCUGACCACCAGCGUGGAGAGUGUGGAGAUCACUGUGCGCGGCGGCGAGAAGAUCGAGGAGGCGCUGUCCCCAGAGAGCUCCCCCUCCAAGUCGCCCAACACCAAGAAGAAGAAGAAGUUCCGCACCCCAUCCUUCCUGAAGAAAAACAAAAAGAAAGAGAAGACGGAGGCCUAAACGUAGAUGAUCGGCAUGGGGGGGCACGGAAAACAGAGAGGCCUCAGGCCCCCCUCUCUUUAAUGUUUGUCUUUUGAAGAUGUCUUUUUAUGUUUAUAAUUUUAUUUGAUUUUUUUAACAAGAUGUUUUAUGUGCAAGAGGCAAAACAUUUACAGAAAAAUGCAGUUAGUUUGGAGUUUGAACCAGUAAAGGUCUCACUCCCAGAGGGACGUGAGGAUGUGAUGGGAUGGAGUCGUGGAGGGCGGAUGAUGAGGGCGGGGCUUGUGUCCCACGUGUAACGGCGGCUGCUGGGAGUGUCCCGUGAGGCCACUGAGAUCCAGAAAAACGUCUUUCUGCUCCUCCUGCCAUCACUUUGUGCUUUUCUGAAAUGGUUGGACUGCAGCAUGAGCUUUUUAAAACUGCACAAAAGACGUUUGGGUUUUGUUUUUUUUCUUUGCAACCUAGAGGCCACAAAACGUCACUGGAAAUCUGGUGGCAGAAAAAGGGCGGGAAAGUUGUGUCAGUUUAUUCUUCACCUCCUUGAUAGACGUUCAGAGGCGUGGUUGAACUGCAAAUGAACUAAAGGUUAUUUUAGACUGCACAGAUGGGGGGGGGGUAAAUCUCAUAUUUAAGUAGCAAUUUCACACCUUUCCUCUCAUGUGGGUGUGUUUUUGCCAAAUUUAGGGUUAAUAGACCCUUUUCACGGUGAGGUCAGACAAAAUGGCGACAGGGCUGAAAAGGUGUUCAGGUUUAGAACGGCAAAGCUGACAGCUGAACGCUGUUUGACAUAAUUUAACAUAAAUAAUAAAACGUAACCUUACCAAUUUCAACAGAAAAAUGUACAAUAUUCAUUUAAUUAAAGUCCUACUGAACUGUAUUCAUUUCAUGUCUUACAUUGUUCUCAAAUCUAAAUACAAAUUUGAAUAAUCCUUCAAUAUUGGAUUUUUAUUUAAAAUAUCAACCUUUCAUUUGAGCAGAUAUUAUUCUAACUGGUUCUACGUUGCUAUAUGUCAUUCGCACGUAUUUUAAGUGCAAUCAGCACAAAAACUGAUAGAAAUUCAUGUUAAUGCACAUCUCUGCAUGUCUGUACACAUGUUAAUCACUUCCCAGGAUAAAUGUACUUGUUCUACUGGAUAUCUUAGGGAUAAAUGUACAAACAGGAAUGGUUUGAUUCAGUGAAAAUGUUCAGAGCAGCUAUCGAGACGCGUAGUUUCAGCUUUCAAAAUAAGAGCGGUCAAG